AGUCAGAACAAAAAUUUGACUUAUUUGCAAAUGACUCCAGUGCCUCUGAAAGCUGAUUAACCUGUCAUAGUCCUGUGUGUUUCUGUCUGCACGGUCUAUCAAACAGUCAUUAUCACCUUUCACUAUAAAUAACAUUAUUUUCCACUCUGUUCAUUAUCAACAUUAAGUAAUUAUACAUUUUAACAUUGGUUAACAUAAACACUAGAAGUACACAAUUUCCUUUUACAAAAGAGGAAGUUGUGGGGUGUGUGUGUGUGUGUGUGUGUGUGUGUGUGUGUGCGUGUAAGAGUGUGUGUGAGAGAGAGAGAGAUGCUUAUCAGCAUGUGGUGUAAAACUGAGGCCACUUUAUUUUGAGAACUGGAGGCUCAAACACAUUCAGAGAGAUGAAUGCAGCAGAGAAACUCAUCUUCAUUUGUUGUCUGUUUCAAGGUGUUUUGUGUAGAGAAUUCUCCAUCAGUCUACCAGAGAGUGUAGAAGCUGUGAGAGGACUCUGUGUUCUCAUACCCUGCAGUUUUGAGAUUGAAGAACAAUUUGAUGGAGACCUCCAGACAGAUCCUACAGGAAUCUGGUUAAAAGACGGCACUCAUGAUAACAAUAACAGAGUCUUUAACUCUAAAGUAACUGAUAAAGUAAAUAAGAUUGAAGGAAAACUUAUAGGAGACCUCCGCAUGAAGAACUGCACCACCAUCUUCUACAACAUCAGACAGAAUUACAGUGGAGUUUAUUACUUUAGAAUAGAAACUUCAGGAAGACUGAAAUGGAAUUAUAUACAUCCAUCAGAGUCUGUAAGAGUGGGAGCUUCUCCAAUCACACCCUCAAUAACACUGUAUAAGGAGGAUCAGGGGAAGGUGGAGGACCAAAAUGAGCUGGUGGAGGGAACUUCAGUGAGUCUCAUUUGCUCUGCUCCAGCUCCUCCAUGUCUCUUAAAGCCACCCACUUUUACAUGGAACUUCCUGCCUGAGGAGAGAAGACAGGAGCAGAACCACAACACCAGCUUCAGCUCCUCUCAGCUGAACUUCAACGCUACUCACCUUCAUCAUGGACUCAAUUUCACCUGCACUGCCACCUACCAGCUCCAGAACAGGAACAAAUCAGCACAGAGCUCUUUUAUACUACAUGUUCUGUAUGGACCUAGAAACACGUCAGUAUCAGCAUCUCCAUCUGCUUCAGUGCUUUUGGGCAGUUCAGUGUCUCUGAGAUGCAGCAGUGAUGCAAACCCAGCAGUGCUGAACUACACCUGGUACAGAGAGAACGGAGAGCAGAUAGGAACCGGAAACCAUCUCACCAUCAACACCACUGAUUCUACACACAGUGGUUUAUACUACUGUAGAGCACAAAACCAGCACGGAGAUCACAACUCAUCUGUCCUCCUGGAUGUUCAGUAUGCUCCUCAGCUCUCUCCCUCCUCCAGCUGUAACACCACUCAGGAUUUGAUCAUGUGUUCCUGUGAGGUUCAUGGAAAUCCGUCUCCUAAACUGGAGUGGCGUGUCUCUGGUCAAAAUUCUUCAGCCACCAGUGAAGAGUCUGUGAACAAAACAACCUCAAGAAGCUUCAUCUCCAUCCGUCAGUCAUUUACAGACGUGCUCACUCUGCAGUGUGUUGGCUCCAAUAACCUGGGCAUUAGCACACAGUUCUUCUAUUUUAAGAAAGUGGCUCCUCACUCUGCUAAAGUUAAAUAUCCAGAUGUGGAUAUUUCCUCCGUGCUGAUUGGUGCUGCUGUUGGAGCUUCAGUAAUGAUGAUGCUGUGUGGUCUAUUCCUGUGUGUAAGGAGAGUGAAUCCUUCCCAGUCUGGACGAGGAGACUCAGCAGGCCUCGUUUUAAAUGACCGGGCUGUUCGUCAGGAAGAAGAAGGAGAGUCUGUGUAUGCGAACAGACGAGUUUCAUCAGAGUCUCUUCAUUACUCCACUGUUAGGUUUCCAAACAGAACAGCCAAUGAGAACACAGAUCUUCCCUCUCUCACUGCCGACUACGCUACCGUGCACCACGGCUCCAAACAACAAGAUAACAGAAGAAUGACAAAAACUGAGGUUAAAGAAAAAGAUUCAGAGCAGAUAAAACACUCAGAUGGAGAUGAAGUCCUUUACGCACAAGUUAAACCUCGUAAAAGUGAACGGAAAAUGUGAAAAAAAUCUAUAAAAUAAUUCAGUGUUUAAACACAUGCUCAGAUAUACAGUGAUGAGAGGUAGAGAUGCAUAUUUACAAAAAAUAUUUUAAUACAUAUGUUUUAUAUCUAUAAGAUUAUUCAAGUACAUUGUUUUGGAAAAUGACAAAAAAAAAAAAAACAAAACAGAAAAAACAUCAAUGCUUCACGCACAAGCUGUUUUAUGAAAUUUGUCACUAAGCUAUGAGUUUGUUUAUUGUCUCAGGGAAAGAAUUUGCAGCUUUUUUCCCCACAUAGAUAAAAACACAUAUAUUUAAAAUGUCAUCUAGUUAUUAGUGUUGUAUAAGUGCUAUAAUGUGUUACACAGUUCAGUACUGCUGAUUUAUAUGGACCCACUUCCUUUUAUUGAAUAAUUUUCACGUUGUUUUUUUUUUUUUGGUGAUAAUUAAUUUGACUUUUCUGUGUAUUGUUUGCAUUUCUGUUUGGGUUAAUAUAAUUUAACAUGUUUAUUGGUAUUUCAAUCUUAUUGCUUAUUCCUCGUAAAAUCUCAACUCUUGUCUGAAAUUCAUUAAAAAAAAAAAAAAACAAUAAAAAUGACAACACAUGGUAAAUACAAACCGAUGCACUAUUUCCUUGCAGACAUUUUGCGUUGCUGUGUAAUGAGUAUGCGUUAUUUUUAAAUAUUAUAUUAUUGCUGAUAAUCAUAAAAGAAUUUUGUUGCUAUAUAUGCUUGGCUCUUAGAGUUUCCUUUGUUUUUCCAAAUAUAUGCUUCAUUUAUCCUAGUAGUCAAAAGCCA